AUGGAUGAAUAUUCAACCAAGGGCCUCGACCCCGCGCCCCCCAUAUCCAUGUCCACCAUCCCCAUGGCAGGUCUGCUCGUCGACGUCUACGGCCUCAACGAGCUUGCCAGUCCAGAUAUUCCACUAACUUGUCUGUGGCUAUUACACCCACGGACCCGAACAAGAGCCCGCAUGCAGGACAUUGCUCGCCGCACACUUGAUGCAUGGCACCACUCAUCCUCCCCCCAGUCUCGUGGCCUGGUAGCUCUCUCAUUCGACAUGCCGAACCAUGGCUCAAGGCUCGUCAGUGAACUUGCCAACCACGCUUGGGACAAGGGCAACGAGAAGCAUGCUAUCGACAUGGCUGGCAUUGUUAAAGGCGGCGUGAGUGACAUGAGCGGUCUGAUGGAUCUCGUGGGCGGGUAUCUCGGCAGAGAUGUAGACGCCCAUGUUUGUCUGGGAUGGAGCCUCGGCGGGCAUUCAGCAUGGUGGUCCUGGUUCGGGGAGGAGAGAAUCGAUGCGGCGGUUGUUAUUGUCGGAUGUCCCGACUACCUGAAUUUAAUGUGUAAUCGGGCCAGGCGGUCUAAUUUGGAUACCAAGAAUGAGGACCUACUAGGCAGUAAAUACUUCCCAAGGGACCUCCUGUCAACGUGUCAGUCGCAUGAUCCUAAGUCGAUUCUUUUCGGGGCAAACGGCUCCGCUGUGCCGUGUCUGCCGCUGUCGUCGUCGGAGCGGGCACGCCUACGGGGGAUUUUUGACGCGCGGAUACGCGGGAAGAAAGUGCUGGCGUGUUCGGGGGGCGAUGACAAGUUGGUUCCGUAUGCGAGAGGCGAGCCGUUCUUGGCGGUGGUGAAGGAUGCUGUUGGGGGGUGGUAUAAGGAUGGGGAGGUGGUGGUUGAUGAUAGGGUGUAUGAGGGGGUUGGGCAUAGGUUUAGUGCGGAUAUGGUGAGGGAUGCGGUUGAGUUUUUGGUGCGUGUUGUUGGGGAGGGGCCGAGGAGGAGGAGGAGGGCGAAGAUUUGA